GAUCGUUCUAAGGAAGAUGAUGGCCUUGAAUCCUUACUGGACAACAUUGUUGGAGUGAGGCAGAUGUUGGAAUCUGCAGGUGAUUCUUGUCCACUGAGUGACCAGGAUGUAGAGCCUAUUCUUUCUGCACCAGACUCUCUUCAGAAUUUGUUUAACAACAGGACUACGUACGUGUUGGCAGACGUGAUGGAUGACCAGCUGAAGUCCCUGUGGUUCUCACCCUUUCAGGCUGAAGAAAUAGACACUGAUCUGGAUAUGGUAAAAGUUGACUUAAUUGAACUGUCAGAGAAGGGCUGCAGUGACUUUGACUUGCAAGCUGAAUUGGAGAGGUCGUUUUUGUCAGAACCGUCAUCUCCUGGCCGCACAAAAACCACAAAAGGAUUCAAACUUGGCAAGCACAAGCAUGAGACCUUCAUAACUUCAAGUGGAAAAUCUGAGUACAUAGAGCCUGCAAAGAGAGCUCACGUUGUGCCGCCACCAAGAGGAAGAGGAAGGGGAGGAUUUGGACAAGGAAUUCGACCACAUGAUAUCUUCCGUCAGAGGAAACAGAAUACAAGCAGGCCGCCCUCCAUGCAUGUGGAUGAUUUUGUUGCUGCGGAGAGCAAAGAAGUGGUUGCUCCAGAUGGGAUACCACCAGCCAAACGGCCACCGAAAGUGUCACAGAAGAUUUCUUCACGUGGUGGGUUCUCAGGGAAUCGUGGAGGACGAGGAGCUUUUCACAGUCAGAACAGGUUCUUUACACCACCUGCUUCAAAAGGAAAUUACAGUCGUCGUGAAGGCGCUCGAGGCUCAAGUUGGAGUGCACAGAGUACACCCAGGGGAACCUACAAUGACAGUAGAGGUGGCCAAAGCAAUUUUAACAGGGGUCCACUGCCACCACUGAGACCAUUAAGUUCCGCAGGCUACCGGCUGAGUCCUCGCGAUCGUGCUUCCAGAGGCCGGGGAGGAAUUGGACCAUCUUGGACAAGUGCUAAUAGUAGUAGCAGUGGUGGCUCAAGAGGAAAGUUUGUUAGUGGAGGCAGUGGAAGAGGUCGUCAUGUACGUUCCUUCACACGAUAAAAUGAGACCUAAUGGAACGUCCCAACCAUGUGAACUUCUGUGAAGAUGACAAAGAAAGCAGUGGCACUAAAGGACCAAUUCAGAGUUACUGGUAUCUGGAGGACACCAAGAGAAUAUUUUUGUCUGAAGAGAAGAUUUUGUUUGAUACAAGACUUGAAAUUUCAAUAAAAUUCAAGACUUUUUGUGUACAA